AGAGAGAGAGAGAGAGAGAGAGAGAGAGACAGAGAGACAGAGACAGAGCGAGGGAGAGACAGAGCGAGGGAGAGGGGCGCGCAAAAGGAAAACUGCACAAUCUGAAAAGGCUCCCUAGCGCGCGGAUCUUUCGACGGCUGCACCAUUCAUUUGGACUGUCGGAAAGGACGAGUAUGUUUAGCACGCGGGCACUCACGCUCCUGUCCUCGGUGUUUGGGGCGUGCGGCCUGCUCCUGGUAGGCGUGGCUGUGUCCACAGACUACUGGCUGCUGAUGGAGGAAGGUGUCAUUCUGCAGCAGAACCAGAGCAUGGAGGUCAGGAUGGCCCUGCACUCCGGCAUGUGGAGGGUCUGCUUCGUGGCAGGACCUGAAAAGGGGAGAUGUGUAGCAUCAGAGUACUUCACCACUGAAGCUGAGAUAGAUAUUGUGACCGAAAACACUGCAAAUAUACUGAAGAUGGUACGGACAGCCACGCCGUUCCCCAUGGUGUCGCUGCUCUUCGUCUUCACUGCCUUCGUCAUCAGUAACAUUGGACACAUCCGGCCACAGCGCACCAUCCUGGCCUUCAUCUCCGGAAUCUUCUUUAUCCUCUCAGGGCUGAGCCUGGUGGUGGGCCUGGUCCUCUACAUCAGCAGCAUCAACGACGAGGUGAUGAACCGGCCACGUGAGCCCGAGCACUUCUUCCACUACCACUACGGCUGGUCCUUCGCCUUCGCUGCCAGCUCCUUCCUCCUCAAAGAGGGCGCCGGGGUGAUGUCAGUGUACCUAUUCAUGAAGCGCUACGCCGAGGAGGAGAUGUACCGGCCCCACCCGUCCCUCUACCGCCCCCGCCUGUCCGAGUGCAGCGACUACAGCGGCCAGUACCUUCACCCCGAGUCGUGGCCUCCUCCGCAGAGGGGCCGCAGCGCGUCUGAGGUCUCCAGUGACAUCUCCAUCCAGCUGAACCAGACGCCCCCGCCGCCCAAGGGCAGCUCCCAGCAACAGCAGCAGGCCCCGUCCUCUGGCCCCUCCUCGGGCGCCAGCUACCAGCAGUCCUCCUCCUCCUACCCCCACCACACCAUGUCCUCCCACCCCCUCCACUCCAGCCACCACACCAUGUCCUCUCACCCCAGCGGGCCUCCUCCCCAGUCCAUGCCCAUGGCCAUGCCCCCCUCUGCCCAGCCCCCUCCCCGCUACCACCAACACAUGCGCAUGAGUGCCUCGCCAUGUUAGAAGGGGGGAAUGAGUGAGGGGGGUAGACAGAGUGGGGGUUGCUCUGUUGUACGCGCAACACACAGAGACAGAUGCAAACACACACGCACAUACACACACCCAAACACACAGAUGCACGCAUGAAGAGUGUGGGAGGAGAGAUGGAAGCGAGGAUGAGAGAAGGAGAUUUAGGAGAUCAAGAGAAAGAAGGGAAUGAACGAGGGAAAGAGAACGAGGUGGGCGGAGGAUGAUUUAAAAUGUGUGCUGUGCCUCAGAUGAAGACAGACAUUUUAGCAAACUUUCAGAGAGAGGGAGGAAACGAGAGAGGGGGGGAUAUGAUAAUUAUUUACACAAUAAGAAAAAGAGGGAGGAAAGGUAUGGGGGGCUGUAAAAAAAAGAGUGCUGCUGUUUCAGAAGAAUACACAUUAGAUGCAUUUCAAGCACUAACACACACAAGAAUCAAGGACACAUUGUAUAUGCAUAGAGAUUUAUACUUAAACUGUAUAGACAUUUUUCUUUAAGUGCUGGGAAAACAAAUGUUGAAAAAUUAACCAUGUUUGUCUUUCAUGAGAUGUGUAUUACUGUAUGAUUAGGUCUAUCAUUGUAUUAAUUGUAUUGUUUGUAUUUGAGAGGCAUUGUUGGAUGAAUGUUCCCAUAGACUUCUGAAGAUCAUUCAAGAUGGUUCUGUGACUCAAACUGUACAUAUUGUAACAUAUCAGAUUCUCCUCUGCAGUUAGCAUUCUUCUACUAUACAUGUCCAGGUCGCAGGCUUCAGCAUCCGUUUUGGAAUCCAUAAAAACACUUGAAUUUUUGUUGUUAUGUUUUUGACUAAAAUGUCAUGGUAACAAAGAAAAUCCAUAACUUUCCAUCAUUUAUAAAUAUUUACGACUGAGAAUAUAUUAAAAAAAAAUUAAAAAACAUAUUUUACUACCAAGAAUGAGAGCAUAUUUGCAGAUCCCGCGAGGCUUAGGAUCUUCCUUUGAUUGCUAAUUAGCUUGAGUGUUCAUAUUCUGUAGCACAUGGCUGAUUACCAGUAGAGUCUUCUCUUUAUAGUUACCAGAAGAGCUUCCCAUUUAGCUAUGGAGUAGAUUGAUGAAGUAAAGGCUGUGUUUGUUUUGAAAUGUUUACUUUUCUCCUUCUGACUGUGACUGGGUUUAUAUAAUACAUGCUGCCUAUGUAGCCUACCCACUGUACUACAUGUUUACAUUCUAUUCUAUGUGUAUUGGUAUACUUAUAGUAAAUGUAACACACACACACACACACACCAGCUUCAACAGUCCUGCUAUAACUACAAUUACUACUACUACUACUAUUUCUACUACUAAUAUCAAAAUAAAGAUUGUGGCCAUUAUCAUUAGCUAUGUUUAUAAACAUUUGUAUUAUAAUAAUAAUGCCAGUAAAUGCAACACGACAACUUAUAAAACCAUACAUGAGGAUGUGAAAGAAAGAAAGGGGUUACUAUGAGUUCAACAUGGUCGAAUAUAAAGCACAGAAAUAUAUUUCAAGACAGCGUCUAUGUCAGUGAGAGCACAGACAGCAUCUAUGUAAACGAGAGCAAAACAUGGCCAAUGGGUCUCUGUACCACCCUCUAGUGCUGUUGCUGUGAGUCUGAUAGCUCUGCAUCCGGGUUGAACGUUUGUAUCAUGACAUGCACACUUUUGUAGCGAACAAGACCGAUAGCAAUUCCUGACUUGGGGAUAGAUUUAUAACAAAGUCUUGCAAUAUCGCAGUACAAAUAGUGAACAAAUCCCACUAGACAUUGAAUUGCAUUCCAAUUGUUUUCCUAAUAAGAUGUGAUUGUUUUUCACGAAUUCCAGAUCUUUUCCUGCAAUCAGAUAACUUGAUCAAAUGUUUUUUAAUAUUUAUAUUGUUCAUUAUGUAGCAGAUGCACAUACACAUGUGAUGGAAGGUAGUAUUAUUUAGUUUGGGACCCAGGACAGUGAUGUACAGCCUAUAAUAGACUAUAGAGUCAAAUAUAUGAAUUCAAUAUCAAAGAACAGGACUGGCUCCUGCUGGAGAGAAAGUGAUAAGAUAACUAAUAUUUGUAGCUUGUUCUAUAAUCAUAACAGGUAGAAUAGCGUAUUGAUGUAGUUGUAUUAAAGCUAUAGUGUAAUAUAUAUAUUUAUAUAUAAAAUAUAAGCCUAUUAUAGGCCGAUUAUUAUUUGGUGUGAGAGGUUGAUUAAUUGAAAGAGAGAAAGAGGGAGAGAGCGAGAGGGAGAAAGAGGUGACAAGGGUAGCUAUAAGAAUUGUUUAAAUCAAAUGCUAAAACUAUUUUGUAUUUUGUCAACGAAGUAUUAUCCUCUGUUGUUUUUCCUCAUUAAACUACUCUGUUAAAUUGAGGUUUGCUUUCAGAGAGCCAUAUGGCUUCACUAGCCAAUGAAUGUUAGUUCAUGUGAAGUUGAGGACGAUUGGGGUUUUCUGUAGCUAAAGUAAGAAUCUGUUUUUUUCUCCACGUUUGCCUUUUUUUCCCCCAACUGUUCAUUGAUUUCCUUAGGCUUCUUUUUAUUGCCUUCACUUCUUCCUCCUCUCGCUUUCCAUCCCCUCAUAUAUGACUACCUUUUGAACUUUAUUGAUCAUUUGUCUUGGUUUGUUUCUCAAAUCCCCAUUAAUGUAAUGUCUCUUCUCUUUGCAGGCCUCGUUUCUCAACUCAUUCUUGAUUUCUUUAUUCUUUUUGUAAUGGCGCUCUCUUAGAAUCUGUCUUUGAGCUUAUUCAAAUGAACUGUGCCUAACAACAGUAGCAGAGAUUAAAGCUAUUCAUUAUUAUUAGGAAUAUUAAAUGAUAAUUAUUAUUGUUGUUACUUACUAUUAUUAUUAGUGUAAAUAUGUUACCCAUAUUUACAACAAAAUCAAUGGUACUAUUUAGUAGUAAUAAUGACAAUAAUGCCAUUUUCUUUUUGCUAAGCAAUGCACUAAUGAAUCUGAGCGAUUAUUCAUACCUGAGAACAUGAAUAAUGUUAUGCCUGGGGUUGUUGAGUAACAUGUCAUUGUUCUAUAGCUAUUGAAUAAAUCCUAGGGGUAAAUCUG